CUUGUGCUGGGGGCUGUACACAGCACUCCAGCCUCCAUGUAUGGUGAGAUCUUGUCACCUAAUUAUCCUCAGGUGUAUCCCAAUGACAUGCAAGAGUCUUGGGAUAUCCAGGUCCCACCUGGCUAUGGCAUUCACCUUUAUUUCACACACAUGGAUCUCGAACCGUCGCAAAACUGCGAAUACGACUCUGUCAAGGUCCUGUUGGAUGGGCAUGUUGAAGGUGUGUUUUGUGGGCGGAAGGAACCUCGGUCCCCUGGCUCCUUGAUUGUGGAGGAAUUUCAUGUCCCUUAUAACACCCUCACUGUGAGCUUCCAAUCAGACUUUUCCAAUGAGGAGCACUUCACUGGAUUUGCAGCCUACUAUGUUGCAGUGGAUGUGGACGAGUGCACGGAAUUUGUGGAGGAACCUUGCAGUCAUUACUGUAAUAAUUACAUUGGAGGUUACUUCUGUUCAUGCCCACCAACUUAUUUCCUCUAUGAGGAUAACAAAACAUGUGGAGUGAAUUGCAGUGGAAAUGUCUUCACUGAGCCAUCAGGGGAGAUUUCCAGCCCCAACUAUCCCAACCAGUACCCAGAGAACUCCCAGUGUGAGUACCGCGUGGCUCUUGUCCCAGGCUACUUCGUGGCACUGACCAUACGCAAUGGGGACUUUGACGUGGAACCAGCCGACUCAGCAGGGAGCUGCCACGACAGCUUAACAAUUGUUUCUGGAGAGCAGCGUUUUGGUCCCUAUUGUGGCAGCACAUUCCCAGGUCCUCCUGAGAUCAAAACAAGGAACAACAUUCUUGACAUCAUCUUCCAGACAGACCAUGCAGUACAGCAUAAAGGCUGGAAAAUACGCUACCAUGGGGAUCCUGUAAGCUGUCCUCCAAGUGUCAUCCCCAACUCUGUUCUUGACCCAAAGAAAGACAGGUAUAUCUUCCAGGACAAUGUGAAGGUGACCUGUCUGGAAGGCUACGAAAUUGUGAGGCAACGAGACAGCAUCCGGACUUUUCACUCCAGCUGUCAGCACAAUGGUGAAUGGAGCAACUCCCAUUUCAGCUGUGUUCCUGUAAACUGUGGUGAUCCCAUUCCUAUUGACAAUGCCCAAGCCGUAUACAUCUCUGAGCCUCAUGAGCCUCUGUACAAAGCUGCUUUCCACUAUCAAUGUGAUGCACCUUACUAUACUCUAGAAACCAAAGGGGAUGGUGUGUAUCAGUGCUCAGCCAGUGGAGAAUGGGUCAAUGAAGAGAUGAGAACAAAGCUACCAAAAUGUGUCCCAGUCUGUGGGGUGCCUAGUAAUCCCAUCCAAGAUAAGGCCAAGAUUUUUGGAGGCACCCUUGCAGCAAAAGGCAACUUUCCCUGGCAAGUGUAUUUUGAAUACCCAAGAGGAGGUGGUGUCCUCAUCUCUGAAAGAUGGGUGAUGACUGCAGCUCACGUGCUGGAGGGGUAUGACAAGCCCCACAUGUAUGCUGGGGUCAUCAAUGUUGGUAGAGAAUCUCUGUUCAAGGAGGGCAAGCAGCUGAUCCCAGAGGCUUCAUUCAUCCACCCUGGCUGGAAGAAGCAGCCCAUAGAAACCAGGACUGAUUUUGAUAACGAUAUUGCCCUCGUGAAGCUGAGGGAUCCUGUGAAGAUGGGCCCAAACAUCUCACCCCUCUGCCUGCCUAGUAAAUCCCCUGAGUAUGAGCCGCAAGAAGGGGUUCUGGGCUACAUUGCUGGCUGGGGCCAGAGAGAGAGAGGAAGGCUGCCCAUUUAUCUUUGGAAGGCCCAGAUCCCCGUGGUGGACAUGGAGAGGUGCCGCUCUGUGCAGCCGGAGGGCUCUGCUGACUCCAGCGCCUACCGGUUCACCGACAACAUGAUCUGUGCUGGCGGUGGGAAGGACAGCUGCAAGGGGGACAGUGGAGGAGCCUAUGCUAUCCAGGAUCCUCGGGAUGACAGGCGGUACUACGUGGCUGGGCUAAUCUCCUGGGGACCAAGGUGUGGCACCUUUGGCCUUUACACUAAGGUGGUGCGUUACUUGGACUGGAUCAAAGAGACCAUGAGCAAGCACGAGGAUGCAGAAGCUUGGCAGGAUUAG